AUGUGGGAAGAAGCAUGCUCAACAAUAGCCAAUCAGAAGAUAACCAUAAGUGUUCUUAAGAAUGAAAUAGAGAAGCUUGGAUAUGCCAUCACAAAGGUGUUGUCAUCAACAAAAGGAAAAAAAGUUCUUAUAAAGAAGGUCAUAUCUGAGGAAGACGUCAAGAUCUUACAAGAUCCCAAGAUUGAUAAAGGUGAUAUAUAUGAAGAUGAAAGACCAACCAAGAUGUUAGAACAAAUGUUUCAACAUCUUACUCGGGAGUCUGAAUUAUCUCAUGAGGAUUGUGUCUUUAAAGGGAAGGUUGACGGUCAUGCUGAAGGUGCUUCUAAUAUUGAACAACCUAUAGUGGUUCAGAAGGAAAAGCUGAAGAAGAAGAAGAAUGGUUAG